AUGGCGGCCUCACUAGUACUACAUUUACUAGCCUGUCUUCUCCUAGCCUCACUAACGGCCUCCCCCGCGGGCGCUCAGCUGUGCCAGAUGGUGGACGCCUGCUCCUGUAAGCUGGAGAACGGGACGGUGGUAAGCCUGCGGAGCCUGGCUAACGCGGACGGCGGUUACGCCUUCAAGACCGGCGGGGAGAAAGAAACGUUCUGGUACAACCCCUGCUUUGGGUUUGACCAGGGCAGCGGUUGCAGCAACGUUAGCGUGUGUGCGAACUUGCAGGACCCUGCUGACCGCACCGUCGCCCUGGGGUACGUGAAGCCGGACUCUGUAACCGUUAUCAACACCACUACUGUGGCCUUCAGGUAUACGGGGUACGGCAGUAAUAGCGAGGUGUUCGCCACGUGUGACGACCAGGCCACGGAGCCGAUCUUCCAGUCGCACGGGAUCGUUCACGACCCUAACCAGCAAGAUAGGUAUGUCUUUUCCCUGACUUCUUCGGAAGUCUGUGCCAGGCAUGCGCAGUGUAAACAGGUUGAUCGGUGCACCUGUAAGAUGGACGAUGGGUCCGGAAAUCUCAACCUUCACUCCUUCAACCGUCCCGAGAAAGCCCUGGAGAUCGCGGUACCCGGUGGUACCGUGUACUAUAACCCGUGUGUAGGAGUCGGCGGCAACAUAUCGGACACGUGUCAGGACGCGUCGGUGUGUCUGAAACAGGGCGACACGUUCCUCAACCUGGGGUCGGCUCGAUCCGGGGUUUUCAUGACGGAUGAAGAUGGUGACGUCAUCUUGGAGUACCACAACCUCCAGGACGAGACAAAGACGACGAAGGUGACCUUGACCUGUGACCCCUCUGCCCGCGUGGAACCGGUGUUCGAAAGUCCGUCCUUGACUGACGGCCACCUGUCCGUCACCAUGAAGAGCGUGUGCGCAUGCGCGGGGUCCUGCAUGUUCCCGGCCCGCACAUGCGCAGCGGGCGACAGCUGUAGCUGUAAGAUGAGUGACGGUUCGGGCACGGUGAGUCUGCACGCGCUGGAUAACCCCGCGGCGGCCUUCAAGGACGUGGCCACGUCGUCGGGCGUGGAGUACACGUUCUACUACAACCCCUGCAGCGGUCUCACCGUCGGUCUGGAGGGGUGUGCAGACGUGUCGGGCUGCGCGUAUAACCACGUGGCGCGGCGCUACUCGGCACUGGGAGCCGUCAUGCCGGACGCCUUCACACCGGAUCAGGAAAGGCUCAUCAUCGCCUACUCAGACCAGCAGAGCGGCAUGUCCUUUAACCUGACCCUGGUGUGUGACGUCACGGCUGCCGAGCCGAAGUUCGCCUUCACCGGAACCCGGCUGCAGAACAGCUACGACUUCAUGCUGACCACGAAAUGCGCAUGCGCGGACGAGUGCGCGGCCAACGGUCUGAAGUAGCU